GACCGCCUUAAACGUGUGUGGGGGGGUCAUUACCUAUAUAUACCCUGCGCUACCGUCUCUACAAUUCAGAAAGAACGAGAAGGGCAUAACAGCGAAACGAGGAAACUGAAGAACCCAGCCCAGCUACCGGCACAACUCGCCUGAUUUACCGGAUAACCAAUCACCGCUGUAGCAUUGCAGACAAGCUCGGGCUACUUUAAGCCGAACAACGCCCAGAACCGCAUCACUUGCGCUCCUGAAGGGAAAACUCCACCGGCAAAAUGAUGAUGCAGCUGCCAGAAACCCCCAACCAGAAAAACUCCCUCUUCAACGCCAUGAACCGCUUCAUCGGCGCCGUGAACAACAUGGAUCAGACCAUUAUGGUGCCCAGCCUGCUACGGGAUGUCCCGUUGGAUGAGGAGCGGGACAUGGCCCCGCUGAAGUCGGACAUGGACGAGGGAGACAUGUACAGCUACUACCAGCUGCUUAAAUCCAUCCGCAGUGACAUCGAGUGGGGCGUCAGGUGCGCCACAGCAGACGAGAGGCGUAAGGAAAGCAUGAAGAUCACCCGCACGCACUCGUCCGCAUCCACGUCCUCUGCGUCGUCAUCAUCAUCGUCAUCAUCUGAGGAGGAAGAUGAGGAGGACGAGGAUUUGAAAAAGCAGUUCCAGUUCCACCUCACCGGGCUGCAAGGGGUGCUGUCCAAGCUCACCCAGCAGGCCAACUGUCUGACAAAGCGCUACAAAAAGGAGAUUGGCAUUGGAGGAUGGGGCCAGUAAACGCACAGAAACUUUGGGUUGUUUUUUCUGGCUGAAUUGACUUUUCUCAAUAGGCCUUUUCCCUGCUGCUGUUACUGAUUACAUGUAAGAACAGACAUUAAUGGAAAAGAAGAGAGAAGCGUUUUAUUUCCUGUGGCCUACCAGGUGUUGGUGUAAAACUGACUGUAGAUGUGUUGAUCCUGAAGAAAGCCUUGUGUACUAAACUGCAACGUUUUGCACUCCUGCUUUGUGCACAUUUUCUACUCAGGGCAUGAGAUACACUGAUGAAACAUAUUUAAACUUUUAUUUAAUGUAUUUAUUACCUCACACUGUAUGUUUGAGAGCCGAUAGUUAUUUCAAAGGUGGAGACGAAGUGGACUGUUUGACACUGCCAUUUUGAACAACCCCUCUGGAUGGGGAUACUGACAAAAGAUUUAGCAUCCUUUCUGUGAUGCUGGUGAUGUUGGUGUGUUCAGAUGGUUUUAUUUUAUUCUUUUUUUCUCUUUUCAGUCUGAUGUUUUUAAAAUUGUUCUACACUUGGAAGGAGGCAUGCUCACUGUACUGCCUGUGAUUUCCUCAUGUCCUGUAUGGUCAAUGAACUGGAAUCAACUGAUAAUUCUUCUAUGUGGAGAAUAAUGAAGUUUUCCACGAGAUACUGUCAUUGUCAUUUAUCCUGUUGGGCAUUCAUUUAAGUCCAUCUGUUAAAAGAAGCAAAUGCUUUUUCUAUGCACCUUGUGCACUUUUUUUUUUUACUAUUAAUAAAAAUUUUAUAAAAAUUUU